AUGGGCCGACCUUCAAGUCAAAAAGACAAGGAGAAACGCAUUGGAAGCAACUGUGUCAAGAAAUAUCCGCACCCGCUUGGUGCGUAUCAAUCAGCUUCAUUGCCUGGUAACGUCACAUUCUGCUUCAACGUGGACACCAAUAGCGUUUCGAAACCAAAGGAACUGGCUGCUACAGAGCCGCCACGCAAGAACAUCCUGAAUCGACUGCCGGACUACUUGCGCGACACGGUCGACUGGUUCAUCGGCCGGUCGCGACGAAGCAAGGAACGAACCACAACUGUCAAUGAGCGAAUGUCGAAGCGUAUCGCAUCUGCUUCAUACGCGGUGCGUGCGCCGCCAAAGUCUCCCGAUUUGGUGUGCGUCUGCGAUUCAAUUGAUGAAAAGAUGGUUGAAAAAAUCACUAGUCUUCCACAAGGAAUCGAUGAACGGGAAUGGAUUGCCCAUAAUAUUCUUGGCCUUUUUGAUCAUGUCAACGCUCUUUGCGGAACAGUUACCGAAAUUUGUACCCCAAUAACUUGUCAGCACAUGAGCUAUCCUGGCACGAGCAAGGCCAGUUAUCAGGAUGAUCGGAAUAAACGGCAAUACUAUCCAGCGAUGCAAUACAUUGACUGUGUAAUGUCUCAGUGUGAAACAAUGAGCCGUCAGGAAGACAUCUUUCCUACCAAAUAUGGAAAUGUCUUCGGAGACAACUUCGUGCCUUCCGUCAAAAAGAUGCUGCGCUACAUGUGGCACUGCAUGGGACAUCUGUAUAUCAAACACUGGAAUGAACUCGGUAUACUACAACUUCGUCCACAAUGCGCCAUGGUUCUCGCACACAUUUCGGUGAUGGGAAGAACAUUCAACUUGCUCGAUCCCAAAGAUCAACACAACGUCGAUGCGACGGUGAUUAUGGUGCGCCCGGAUGUUCAAGUGUUAUCCGUCCCGAAUUCCGGAGAAGAUGGGGACCAUUUGACUUCAGAGAACAAUCGAGCCGUUCGAGUUCCGUCGUCAAAAAGUGGAAGCUGGGGUGGUUACCCUUCGCCGGCUAUUCUUGCUAGCAAACCAUACGCUCAGACUUGCUGA